ACGUCAAGUAGCUGUUAGCUGGAGCUAACAGCAGCUCAGUGAGCCAGACCUUUGAAACAGUUCCACAUACAUUCCGUUUAUGCUAGAAAACAGCUGUCGUUCGUUGCAAGAGGGGUUCGCUGCUCAUGUUUUAUGCCUGUAACCGUUUAACGACAAAAAGGAUGACGGACUAUGAGGAUAACCAUGACAAGUUAGCCAGCUCCAGCAGAACAGCGAAGCUCCAGGUGAUCUACAGUUGGACAGCCUUCCUUUGCUAGCUGCUCCCGAGGAGGAAAGCUCUGAGAUUUUACAAGGACUGGAUGCGGAAGGAGGAUAUGAAGCAAGCUCAACAGCUAAUGCUAACGAUGAAUGCUAUUUCACACGUUCAGUGGAAUGCCAAAGUGCCAAAAAGUCACACUCCUGAUCACCCAGCUGGGGUUAGGGUAGAGAAUAGCAGCGUUGGUACAAAAAGGGUAUAGGAAUAUGCAAGGACUCUCAACCUCCACUGAGAUCUAUAAAUAUCCACGACACAGAACUGUUGUCCUUGACAAACCAGUCUUGGUCACCAUGCUGUCCACAAUGGAAGUGCCAUCGUAGACCGAAGGUACAGUGGCUCAAUUGACUGCACGGUUUUUUGAGCUCCAGCUUCGGAGGAAGCAUUCCAGCUUUUAUCUAAUCCUAAACGGUGAAGAUGGGCUCCCAAGCUCUUCAGAUAUUGAGGCAGGGUGUGUGGGCUUCGCUCACAGGAGGAUGGUAUGUGGACCCCCAUCAGAGCACAUUCUCCAACUGCUUCCACCUUUACCUAUGGAUUUUCCUCUUGGCCUUCCCCUUUCUUCUCUACAUGGCUCUUCCUCCUAGCUUGGUGGUGGCAGGUGUGUACUCUGCUGUAGUAGCGGUCUUUUUUACCGCCAUUAAGGUGGUUAACUACCGACUUCACACCAUGUUCGACCUCGGUGAGAUUGUCGAGAAGAAGCAGGCCUCUCUCACAGCUGAUGCCCCAAGGACAGAAGACGGUGAUGAAGGGUCAGGAGCUCAUGAUGGAACUCAGCAUAGUCAUGUUGGCGUUGAGAUGACCGUGUUCCGGAAGGUUAACUCAACUCCCCCGGUUCGCUGCAGCUCCCAGCAUUCUCUGUUUGGAUUGAACCAAGUGUCGGAGUUUUUGCCACACCUGGAGGAUGUAGGAGGCAGUAAGGAUAUCAAAGAAUUAACACAGGGGCAAGGAAGCAAUAAUGUAAUUGUGACUUCGGCCCAUCGUGCGAUUCUACGUCAGAGCUCCCAGGACACACAAUGGGUCCCCAGUUUGGUCCGCUCCUGCAUUUCCACCUCUUUGGGAGGGGAUUUCCCAGGUUUCGUUGGAGUUCCUGGAGUGUCAGCUGGACCUGAAGAUCCUGGAGGGUGCCUGUCUAUCCCCCCUUCACCUUUAAGUCAAGAAGAUGGAGGCGAGAAGGAGCAGCUGGAUGACUUGACAAAACAGUCUUCUCAUCAGACCCCAGAGGACAAUGGGUUGGAAAUUUAUUCUACACUUGGACCUUCUGCUGAAUCUGAGAGCUUAGGAGAUACAACCCUUAGCCCUCUUAUAAAGAGCAGCUUAAGUGAGGAGCUGAGCGAAAACCUCAUGGGUCUGGGACUGGACCCUGGAGCUUUUGCUCCGGGAACUGAGCACCCGGGCAGCCGCAGUGGCGUGGCUUUGGGUGCUGGGUCCACGGACAGCUGCUUCAGUGCAGGUGGAGCUACCACGGACCGUGAGACACUAAGCACUGUAAGUAGUUACCGCUCUGAGAAAACGGACUCCACUCAGUUAGAAAGUCCUUCAUUGAGCCAGUCGCGGCCGGCAGAUGGACAGACACCUGCUUUAGCACCAGGGUUAGGUUCUAAUGUUCUGGACAACACAGAGGAUACAACUGGACAGGAUAGCAGUGACACUGACAAUCUGUCAGACAGCGUGCUACUUCGCUCCCCUUCCAAAGAGUUAUCCAUCAGCCAGGGGCUAGACCGGACACUUGUUGAAGAGGAUUUACCCCCUUCACACUCUAUUGCACAGUCCCCUCCUCUCCAGAACUCUUCCCCUUCAAGUAGUGGCCACUCAGAGGUUUGUGACUUGGACAGAAAAACUUGUGGUCCUCCGCUCCCCCCACCACGGCAGGCCAAUUCAGUGCCUUCAGGGCUGGCCUUGGGUCUAGUGUGUUCUGAGCCUGCUCUGCCCAUAUCCUCCACCCCGCUUUUACUGUCUGACCCGCCUGCGCUCCAAGCCCAGCAGGUUGUGCGCCCUAAAGACUUGAAGCUGCUGCGGGCCAGCGGCGGAAGCAUGGGCCACAGGCCAGGCCGGAGGAAAGCCCCGAGACGGCGAGCCGGAGCGGGCAGCAGUAGUUUUGACUGUAGCUCUUACAGGCGUCACCACAAUCAUAGACAACACAGAGAUUACAUCCCGGUGCGCAGCCGGCUGGGGGCUAAAGCUUACAGCGAAAGUUUAUUUGAGGAUUCCAGUGACGAGGACGACGGCAGCGACGUGAGCGCCGGUUCCAGCCUGGGUUCCCAGCACAGAUACAGCUCAGACGAAGAUAAUGACAAUGACGACGACUCGAGUUCCUCUACCUCGUGCUACUCCUCAGACCUUGCCAACACUGACAUAACAUCUCUUCUCUCCACUGCUGCUCAACUUCCCACUCCGAGGGAGGGGGAUUUACCUGAAACCUCUGCCCCCUCUCACCCUCGUGCUGCUCAGCGCUCCUCUAGCACAGCGAGUGCUAAGACUCAUGCGAGAGUACUAAGUAUGGAUGGGGCUGGUGGAGGCCAGAGCAACGCAGUGACAACGCCCACUACACUUCUUACGAUGCCCUCCACGUCCACCCCAGCUCCUCGCACUCUUACGAUGUCUAAGUCUGAUCUGGAAGCCCGGACUAUACACACUGAUGGCUUCCCUGGGAGCCAUCAUCAUCGGCUGGAUUCUCUUGGAGGGUCUUGGACUGGCAACCAGAUGGGUUGGAGAGCAGGAGAGCUGGUUGAAGAGGGAGCUGUGGGUGGAGCUUUGGGUCCAGAGGACGGGAGCAAACACGACUCCGUUACGAGUGUGAAGAGGACCCAGGCAAUACGCCGGAGGCACAAUGCUGGGAGCAACCCUACACCACCACCUUCAACGAUGGGAUCCCCUCCCAGCCUCCAAGAUCUUCAGAGGGUUCGGACCUCCUCUCAUUCACGCACCCGCACAUUUCCGUCGGCCUUACAGUUUGCAUCUUCACUACUCCUCCCCCGCAGCGGCAUUCACGAGGCCUCCACCUUUGACGACACAUCGGAAGGAGCGGUGCACUAUUUCUAUGAUGAAAGUGGAGUGAAGAGAUCCUACACUUUUGGACCUUCUGGAGGUGGUUAUGAGGACCCAGUUCAAGAAAGAGAGAGGCAGUCCCAAUCAUCAAGCUUCACCUCCACUGAGGUUCAAGAUGGAGUGCCAGUCCUGUCCAUCCUUCAGCCCAGAGAUGUGGUUCUACAGGGAAUGCAGGUUCGCAGGGUGCCCCAGGAAAUGUCAGAGUUUGAUCUUGAUCACGAAUCCCUCCAAGAAUCCCAUGAAAACACUCUGAUGAUUGAGGAGAAAGCCAAGCCGAAACAGUACUACCGGUUUUGGGUGCUACCAGGGAAGUGGUUGAGGGUUCGAUACGAUCGACUGGCUCUUCUAGCUCUGUUGGACAGGAAUCGACGUGUGGGAGAGAACGUGUUUUCAGUGAUGUUGGCUAGCCUGGUGGCCUUCCUGGGGUUUCUGCUCCUGCUUCAGGGCUUUUUCAGGGACAUCUGGGUCUUCCAGUUCUGCUUGGUCAUUGCUAGUUGCCAGUAUUCUUUACUGAAGAGUGUUCAGCCAGAUGCUGCCUCCCCCAUGCAUGGCCAUAACUGGAUCAUUGUAUACAGUCGGCCAAUUUACUUCUGCUUGUGUUGUGCGAUGAUCUGGAUAUUUGACCUGUCUGGGCGAGCUGGAAGUCUGCAGCCAUUCUCCCUUUAUGGUGUCACCUUCUUCUCUGCACACUUCCUGCUGUGUGUCAGGGACAUGCUUAUUGUUUUUGCCUUGUGUUUCCCGGUCAUUUUCCUGUUUGGGUUGCUACCUCAGGUUAAUACUUUUGUGAUGUGUCUGCUGGAGCAGAUCGACAUGCACAUUUUUGGUGGAACUGCUACUACCAGCCCGCUCUCAUCUCUGUUCAGCCUCAUACGCAGCAUAGUGGUGGCCGCUCUGCUGUAUGGAUUUUGCCUCGGCGCCAUUAUUGGCCCGUGGGGGGAUGCCCAUGUUCCAGUGCUGUUCUCUGUGUUUUGUGGUCUACUUCUGGCCUUGUCUUACCACCUCAGCCGCCAAAGCAGUGACCCAACAAUUCUGUGGUCAUUAGUCCGGUUCAAGCUAUUCCCAGAAUUGGAGAACAGAACACCUGAAGAACCCCCUGUGGAGAUCAAAGAUCCUCUCCCUGAGAAGCUGCGUAACUCUGUGAGCGAGAUUCUUCAUUCAGACCUUGUCAUGUGUCUGCUCAUGGCUGUGAUUACCUUCGCCAUCAGUGCCAGCACCGUUUUCAUCGCUCUUCAGCCUGCUCUCAGCUUUGUCUUAUACAUCCUGGCUGGAGUUAUAGGGUUCAUUACACACUAUCUCCUGCCUCAGCUCCGCAAACAGCUGCCAUGGUUCUGUCUGGCACACCCUGUGCUCCGAUCCAGAGAGUACAGCCAGUUUGAGGUCAGAGAUGCUGCUCAGUUGAUGUGGUUUGAGAAGCUGUAUGCGUGGCUUCAGUGCGUGGAGAAAUACUUCAUUUACCCAGCUGUGGUGCUGAACUCUCUAACCACUGAAGCUCGAACAGUAGGCCAGAAUCAUAAAGAGCUGGACAUCUACAGCCGAGCGCUCUUCAUCUCAGUCGCAGGCAUGAAGCUGCUACGUUCUUCUUUCUGUACCCCAUCGCAGCAGUAUGUCACACUGUGCUUUACCGCGCUCUUCUUUCACUGUGACUAUCCACACUUCUCAGAGACCUUCCUAAUUGACUACUAUUUCAUGUCCAUCGUCUUCAGCAAGAUGUGGGACCUGCUAUACAAGCUACGCUUUGUUUUGACUUAUAUAGCACCAUGGCAGAUCACCUGGGGCUCAGCCUUUCACGCUUUUGCUCAGCCGUUUGCUGUUCCUCACUCUGCAGUGCUUUUCGUCCAGGCAAUCUUCUCCGCCAUCUUUUCCACACCCCUGAACCCUGUUCUAGGCAGUGCUGUGUUUGUCACCUCUUACACAAGACCCGUAAAGUUCUGGGAACGAGAUUACAACACCAAGCGGGUCGACCAUUCAAACACCAGGCUCGCCACUCAUUUGGACCGCAACCCAGGUGCCGAUGACAACAAUUUAAACUCUAUUUUCUACGAGCACCUGACGCGCUCUCUGCAGCACAGCCUGUGUGGAGACCUGCUGCUGGGACGCUGGGGGAACUACAGCACGGGGGACUGCUUCAUCCUCGCAUCGGACUACCUCAACGCUUUGGUGCACAUCAUCGAGAUCGGCAACGGCCUUGUCACCUUCCAGCUGAGGGGUCUGGAGUUCAGAGGUACCUACUGUCAGCAGAGGGAGGUAGAGGCCAUCACAGAGGGGGUGGAGGAGGACGAGGGCUGCUGCUGCUGUGAACCAGGUCAUCUGCCGCACAUGUUGUCAUUCAACGCCGCGUUCGGACAGCGCUGGCUGGCCUGGGAGGUGGCCGCCACCAAAUAUGUGCUAGAGGGCUAUAGUAUCAGCGACAAUAAUGCAGCUUCCAUGUUGCAAGUAUUUGACCUGCGCAAGAUUCUCAUCACCUACUAUGUCAAGAGCAUCAUCUACUAUGUGAGUCGGUCCCCUAAGCUUGAGGAGUGGUUGACCAAUGAGGCGAUUCAGGAGGCUCUGCGACCGUGCCUCGGGCCCAACUACGUGGACAGCGACCCCACCUUCAACUUAAACAUCGACGAGGACUAUGAUCACAGAGCCUCCGGCAUUACCCCCUCCUCGUUCAGCAUGGUUUACUUCGACUGGAUUCAAUACUGCAACAGCAGGCGUCAAACGCCAGUAACUUGUGAAAGAGAUUCCCCACUCGUCAACCUCUGUUUUGGCCUGUGUAUACUGGGAAGAAGAGCUCUGGGCACAGCAUCUCAUAGCAUGUCUGCAAGUUUGGAGCCAUUCCUCUACGGCCUUCACGCCCUCUUCAAAGGAGACUUCCGCAUCACGUCGCCCAGGGAUGAAUGGGUGUUUGCAGAUAUGGACCUACUCAACCGAGUUGUGGCGCCAGGAGUUCGGAUGUCCCUCAAGCUGCACCAGGACCAUUUUACAUCUCCAGAUGAGUAUGAGGAUCCGAUGGUUCUUUAUGACGCAAUCACUGCCAACGAAGAAAAGAUGUUGAUUUCACAUGAAGGUGACCCGGUGUGGCGCAGUGCCAUUCUAGCAAAUAUGCCCUCGCUGCUGGCACUGCGGCACAUUAUGGAUGACGGCAGCGACGAGUACAAGAUCAUCAUGCUUAACAAGAGAUUCCUCAGCUUCAGAGUCAUCAAGGUGAACAGAGAAUGUGUUCGUGGUCUGUGGGCAGGCCAACAGCAGGAGCUGGUUUUCCUGCGCAACCGUAACCCAGAGCGAGGAAGCAUUCAAAACGCCAAACAGGCCCUGAGAAACAUGAUUAAUUCCUCGUGCGAUCAGCCCAUCGGUUACCCGAUAUACGUGUCCCCCCUCACGACCUCGUACGCAGGGGGUCACAGCCAGCUCCGGUCGGUGUGGGGCGGCCCAGUCAGCCCCCACAACAUUUACACUUGGCUCAUCAGUAGCUGGGACCGGUUGCAGAAAGGUUGUGGUGCUGGCUGUAACAGCGGUGGAAACAUUGAGGAUUCUGACUGUGGAGGAGGCUCCACUUCCAUUUCAACUAACCCAGCCAUUCACACCACACAGAGUACUCCAGCCUCUAGCCUUCCCCAGCCACACAUCACAACCGUCCAGCCCUCCAUGGGUACAGAUAACCCUGCAGGCCCAACCCAGAGCUGGUCUCACCACCCUCAACCUCUCCCGUUAGCUCUACUCAGUCAGUCAGAGGGCAGGAUGGAGGCUAGCCUGCUCUCAUCUCUACAACGGACGUCCUCCAUCCAGGGGCUGCUGGGUCAGCAGCUCUCCAGCUCCCAGCUCUCCUUCAGCAGCUCUAUGGUUCCUCCACCUCUGCCUGCCCCGGAGCGCUUCUGCCCAGCAACGCUGCUGGAGAACUCAGGGCACAGAGUGGGCCAGAGGAGCGGCCUACACUACGAAAGCCAUUUUGGCAAGUGGAGCUUUUCAGGAAGAAAGGGCUUUAACGGACCAGCCGCAGUGGAGAUGGAAGGAGUGCCAGUACAGACGAUACGCACACAGCCGCCUCCUCCUGUGCCACUACAAGAAGUCAGUCUGACACACGACCCCCUUGGAGCCACUCAGGCAUUGGAUCCGAGUCUGUUGGCUUCAGGGGACACUCCCACUCCAAAAGAGGAAUCCACAGAGCUGCCUUUACUCGAUCACCUUCGCUGAAUUUGCACUGGUGACAUUUUCUACAAUGAAAGCACAUCCUGAGAUUGAAUCAGACCCACCCUGACCAGACUCAUUCCAGCUUCGGGACUCAUUCCAGCAACCCUGGCUGAGAUACUUCAGUGCAGCUGUGAUCUGGGAAACCCCCCGGCUGAAUCUGGGAGCGGACACAUCAUCUCACAGCGAGAGCAGUUCAGCAUGUGAUAGCAGGCUGAGGCUGUGGCACAGCAGACCCUGGAGUGAAUUUAGCCAACUGGUUCAUUCAGAAGUGAGGUUUCAUAGUGAGAUCUGAUCAUCCUCUCACCCUGUUUUCCUUUGUCUCUAUGGACAACCUUUGGGUUGCAACAGAAAUGACAGUCCAGAAAGGCCAGUGCAAUUAAAAGGGAUAUUUUGGUUCAGGAGUGUUUAUUUUUCUAUACCGGAGAAAAGAAUAUAGCCUCUCCCUGUCUUUUACUUGACAGAUGCAGUAGCAGAGUUUCUGUUUCACCAAUUAAAAAGAGCUCAGCAUGUUACUGUACAAGCAAGCGAAGGACAUGUGGAAACCGUGAAAAGCCUUGUUUAGUCCCCCCCCCCCAAUUAUUGCAUCCUGACUGGACCUACAGCUGAGUGUCAAUAUCUGACAGAUCAUAUUGACAAACUUCAGGAGCCUCCACUUCACCCCUCUCCACCACACACCACAUAUAAUCAGGAAGCGGAAACAAAGAUAACACCCAGUCCUCGUUCCCUGGUUCGUUUCCUGCAGAGGUGCCUGGCGAGGUCAGCAGUUAACAGAAAUAUUCCCCUCGCCCCAAGCCGACGAGUAGUGCUUUAAUGGCUAGUUUACAGAUUAUUUAGGCCUGUAAGAAGUCCUGAAUUCGAAGGUGGAGAUGUGGAAGACAAAAAAUGGGACGGUUCUGGUCCAAGAGGAGGCUCACUUGUUUGUGAAAACCAUGGGUCUAAAAAUCCCAUGAACUUGGGGGUGUCAGAAAUGUCAAACCUUUAGUUUUCUGUAGGUUGUAUGUCCUUUAUUUGUUUUUUAUUCUUUUUUGUCGUUUUACUUGAAGAAUCCCAAGUUCCUCAGUGAUUAAGACACACCGAGUUUAUGUUUGUUUCAUAAAUGCUCAAUAAAACCCUGACUGGUCAGAUCCAGUCAGCUCCUAGAUCUCCAGUCAGCAGGGAUUGAUGCUGCCCAGUGUGUGUGGGGGGGGGGGCAGUGUUCCCUCCGCCUCUCCCAUUACUGUACUACUGCUUCUGCAUCCCCUACUACUACUAAUGUACCCAGUACUACUGCUGUUUCUUUAACAGUUUAAUCCAGCGUUUUAGUUGGAACUUUACACCGCUGAAUAAAUGGUAAAAUCAAA